AUGGCUCCCAUGACAUCUAUCCUGACGAAGCUCAAGUACUACCGGGAGAGGGCUCAAGUGCUUGCCUUCAUCUGCCAGCAUUAUUUUUACUCAAGGAAUCCACGAGGGGAGCUACCACUCUAUAACUGGAUGAAAUUCAUCGCUCUUGGAAUGAAGGAAAAAAGAGUUCAUGUGGGGGACGUUCUAUGUGUGAGCCUGGAGGGCCCAACCACAGCCACCACCGCUGCUGCAUCCCGCGGCCAAGUCACUCCCCGAGCGGCCACAUCCCUCUAUUCACACACGCAAUUCCUCAAUGCCCAUGCACCAGCGGAGCUUCCAGCAAGAGGCAGGAGCAUCACUGUUCAUGUGGGGGACGUUCUGUGUGUGGGCCUGGAGGCCCCAACCGCAACCACUGUCGCAGCCGUUGCUGGAGACGAGAUCGUGUCAUCUCAGCCGUCAGAUGAGCCGAUUCGGAUAGAGGACAAUCACUUCUGGGUGCUUGCAGACAACCCCGAUGUUCCUGCACAGGAAGCAUGGGACAGCCGCACGUUUGGCCCAGUGCACCUAGAGGACGUGCUAGGGAGAACGAUGUAUGUGGUGCGGUCAAUGCACGACCAUGGGCCGAUUAAGAACAGCCCACAGGCGAUGGAGGAGGAUGCAACAGUGAUGGCUGGGGAAGGGGACUUGGAGAGUGUGCUACAUAGAGUACGAGUGCAGAUGCGGUGA